UCGGCUUCUCAACAAAGUUUAUCAGAGAGCAUAACAUUAGCAAUCAUUAUCACUAUACCAUAACUCUCCGCUAUCGUCAUUUCGUCCUAAAAGUUUAAAGCAACACUGGAAAAUGAAAAUCUAGAGAGAGAAAUUUGCCGAACUAUACAUACACAAAGCUCUGUAUAUAUAUAUAUAUAUCCAUCAGCUCCUAUACAUUCAAACAAACAUACAUUUAUGCGCACAGGUACGCAACAUAUAUGGCUUUUGUGUUCGCUUAGCAGAUCUCGAGAAUAUUUGGAAGCGAAGCAAGGAGUAGAGGGAGGAUUUUAUCGUCCAGAAACCGUUCGUGAAUCCGCGUUUGCCGCAUUUCAGUUUUUUUCGCACUGGGAGGAUUUUAUCGUCCAGAAACCGUUCGUGAAUCCGCGUUUGCCGCAUUUCAGUUUUUUUCGCACUGGUUGGAUUUUGAUUCGGUUUUCAUGGUGCUGAGGAAUUCGACACAACUCUGAGUGAGAUUAAUGGACGAAAGAGGAGGAUCGUUUGUGGCUGUGAGAAGAAUAUCGCAAGGCCUAGACCGAAGCAAUACCUUCCAUUCAACCUCUGAGGUUGUAGCAGGAUCAGCAGCAUGGCUUGGCAGAGGGCUUUCAUGUGUUUGUGCUCAAAGAAGAGUGGGUGAUGCUCGGCUUAUAUUUGAUUUGACACCUACCCAGAAGGAAUGCUUGCAGAGGCUUCAUAACCGUAUAGAUAUUGCUUAUGAUAGUUCAAUUCAUGAACAUCAGGAAGCUUUAAUGGAUUUGUGGAAUGCUGCCUUUCCUGGUGAGGAACUGUGUGGCCUGAUAUCUGAACAGUGGAAGGAAAUGGGUUGGCAAGGCAAAGAUCCAUCCACUGACUUCAGGGGUGGUGGAUUACUAUCGCUGGAAAACUUAUUAUAUUUUGCUAGGAUCUUUCCUAAAUCCUUCCAGGAUCUUCUACAUAAGCUAGAAGGUAAUCGGUCCAUAUGGGAAUACCCAUUUGCUGUUGCUGGUGUCAACAUAACAUUUAUGCUUAUCCAGAUGCUUGACCUUGAAGCAAUAAAACCGCGAAACUUGGUAGGAGCUACCUUCUUGAAGUUUCUUGCAGAAAAUGAAUCAGCAUUUGAUCUUCUUUAUUGCAUUGCGUUCAAGCUGAUGGAUCAACAGUGGCUUGCCAUGGGUGCAUCAUAUAUGGACUUCAAUACAGUUAUGAAGGCUACACGGCGGCAAUUGGAAAGGGAGAUUCUCCUAGAAGAUGUAUCACGGCUGGAAGAUUUGCCCUCAUAUAACCUUCUUAGUCGAUAGGUUUGUACUGUUCUGAAAGUUGAAAUGUUUCCUUCUCUGCGCUCUGCACUGGAUUAAAUUCAUGCAAUUGCAAUUUGGAGAGUAGUGUGAAAUCUCCCACAUAUGACAUAUGGCAUGCAUGCAUGCGAGCGAGAAUGACUUGUGGACUAAAUCAAAUACGGAGUAAGAAAUUUGUAUACCAGAGAGAAAGUUCACUACAUCUAUACCAAUUACCAAAUCCAUUUUAACUCCAUUGCAA